GUGACGCCAUCAAACCGCGACGCUGCGUGGUGGCUGCGGGGCUAUGCGUCUGGGUAAUCGCUGGUGGCUGGGGCGUCUUGUGCUGUGGUGCUUUGACUCCCUACCGCUCUGCUGUGCCAGGACCUGGGGUGGUUGUAGGGGCCGGAUGGCAGAAACACUGUCCACGGGAGUCGGGGCAGCGGGCGGACUGAGGGCUCCAGCUCAGCAAAACGGAGACGGUGGUAGUGACGCUAGGGGCGAGCCGCUCCUGGGGCCCCCAGAGCCAGCGGGCCCUGUAGCCGAGCCGACUCCCGGGAGCGGGGAGCAAACCUCCGCUCCAACCGCCGACGCAGGCAAGCGGAAGAAGCGGCGGGGCGCUGCUGGAGAGCGCGUCGUGCCGCCCCCGAAGAAGCGGCGAACUGGGGUCAGCUUUGGUGACGAGCACUUCGCCGAGACCAGUUACUACUUCGAGGGCGGCCUGCGCAAGGUGCGACCCUAUUACUUCGACUUUCGGACCUACUGCAAAGGCCGCUGGGUGGGCCACAGCUUGCUGCACGUCUUCAGCACCGAGUUCCGAGCCCAGCCGCUGGCCUACUACGAGGCAGCAGUCCGGGCCGGCCGCCUGCACCUCAACGAGCAGCCAGUGCAUGACCUCAGCGUCCUGCUCAAGGACAAUGACUUCUUGAGGAACACGGUGCACAGGCAUGAGCCACCAGUCACAGCAGAGCCUGUUCGCCUGCUAGCUGAGAACGAAGAUGUGGUGGUUGUGGACAAGCCUUCCUCCAUUCCUGUCCACCCCUGUGGUCGCUUUCGACACAACACAGUCAUCUUCAUCCUGGGCAAGGAACACCAAUUGAAGGAGCUACACCCAUUGCAUCGGCUUGACCGCCUAACCUCAGGGGUGCUCAUGUUCGCCAAGACAGCUGCUGUCUCAGAGAGGAUUCAUGAGCAAGUUCGGGACCGGCAGCUGGAGAAGGAGUACGUGUGCCGAGUAGAAGGGGAGUUCCCCGCCGAGGAGGUGACCUGCAAGGAACCCAUCCUAGUGGUAUCUUACAAGGUAGGAGUGUGCCGUGUGGAUCCCCAGGGCAAGCCUUGUGAGACCCUGUUCCAGAGACUGAGCUACAAUGGCCAUUCCAGCGUGGUACGAUGCCGGCCUCUCACAGGCCGGACCCACCAGAUUCGAGUCCACCUGCAGUUCCUGGGCCACCCCAUUCUCAAUGACCCCAUCUACAAUUCAGUCGCCUGGGGCCCUUCCCGAGGCCGAGGUGGCCACAUUCCCAAGACAGAUGAGGAGUUGCUCCGGGACCUGGUGGCAGAGCACCAGGCCAAACAGAGCCUGGACGUGCUGGACCUCUGUGAGAGUGACCUGGCCCCAGGACUCCCAGACUCUACAGCUUCCUCCUCACAGCUGGCCAAGGACAGCCUGGAGGAGUUGACUACCACUGCUCAGAAGACAGAUGGAGUAGUUGAGGCAGCCCCUCAGGAUCUGGGCACGAUGGCCUUGGCAUCAGAGAAGGCAGCUGAAACAGACGUUACAGAUCAAGAGACAGACCCUCUCUGUACAGAGUGUCGACUGGUGCGACAGGACCCCUUGCCCCAAGACCUUGUAAUGUUCCUGCAUGCCCUCUGCUAUAAAGGGCCAGACUUUGAGUAUGUUUCACCCAUGCCUGCCUGGGCUCAGGAUGACUGGCAAGGGGACUGAGAGCUUCUUGGAUGUGGGGGACAGGGAUGAGGCAGGGACUUCCCCAGGGCCGGGUACUCAGGGUUUCUCCAGGAGUGGGGGUGGGCUCUAAAGGGACCUGUUCGUACUUGCUACCUCCUUCCUUCCUCCUCCAGCUGGAGUCAGGGUUAUUUUGGCUUUGUAAAUAUAUCCCCUUUUCUAAUACCUUGUGUAUCUGGCUUUCUUACUGUUUGUUUCUUUUCUUUUUCAAAUUGAAGUAAAAUUCACACAAUGAACCACCUUAAGAUGUAUAGUUUAGUGACAUUUAGUAUAUUCACAGUGCUGUGCAACCAUCACCUCAUAUAAUUCCAAAACACAUUUCUUACCCUAAAAAGAAAUCUGUACCUAUUAAGCAUUUCCUGUCAUCCCCACCACCAGCCCGGGUAACCAUUUAUUAACAUCUGCCUUAAUGGAUUUGUCUGUUUGUAUAGGUGGAAUCAUAUACUGUGUGACCUUUUGUGUCUUUCACUUAGCAUAAUGUUUACAAGAGUCAUCUAAUUUAUAGCUUGCAUCAGUAUGUACUUCAUUUUUUAUGGCAGUAUUCCACUGCAUGGGUAUACCACAUUUUGUGUAUUCAUUUGUCAGUUGAUGAAUAAUUACACUGUUUCUACCUUUUGGCUAUUGCGAA